ACAGAGGAGGGGAUGAGGGAUUGCAGUAAAGGUAGACACAGCAGGGGCAGCAUCUCUUGGAGAGUGCGGGACUCAAAAGAAAUGCAAUACUCAGAGACCUCAUCUGUGCCACUCUUGUGGAUUAAGUCUUCUUUUCUGAGCCACUCUAGCAGAGCUCAUUCUCAUCCUCAUACUCUCUCUAUGCCUGGCACUGCCAUCGCGGGUAGCAUGGACAUGGCACAGUGAGCUGCUCGGUUUCUCUCUUUCAUACUCUUUCCCCUGUCCUGUGUUGCACUUUCUUCCUUAUCAGAUUUAGCUACUUUCUAAUCUACUACAUCUUUCUCCAUCUCCUCUUUAUUCAUCCGUACAUCCUUCAUCUUAUCUUGUGUGUUGCCAGAUUAAAAUGGCUGUUAGCAUUUAGCCAUUAGCUGUCUGCAUCUUCCCAGAGAAGAGAGUUUUUAGGGUGACCCUGACCUCUACCAUCCUCCAACCUAGGACUGACCAGCACCGUCUCCCUGCCCCCACCCAUCACUGCAGGGUGGGAUGGGCAGGGGUUGGGUGAGUUAGCCAGGGGCUCAAGUGUUAGCAACAGGACAGGCAAUGCCAGAUAGGAAAGGACGGAGAGAAGGAGGAGGUGGAAGUGGGUCAUCCCGAGGCAAGAGGAAGCUGAGAAAGGGAGGUAGCCGUUCAGCUAUCCCGGCACUCUUCACCAUCACUGAAGAAGAGGAGGAACAGAGACGGAGAGAUGCUUUCAAGAGGAAGAAAAGAGCAUCCUACUCUCAGUAUAAGUCGGAGGAUAGCAGACUGUCUACAGUCACACGUCCCAGCUCUUCAGGCUCUGGGCAGACCUAUACUGCCAACCUGACUACUGUCCCAACUCCUACCACUAAUCGCACCAGCAACAGCUCUAGUAAUUAUGCUGCUGCCAAACCAGACUCAUUGCUCUUCAACAAGAUUGAUGAGCGACAGAGGUUAGCCCGUGAGCGCAGGGAAGAGCGUGAGAAACAGAAUGCUGCAAAGGAGGCCCAGUGGCAGGCGCGUGAGGAGCGGGCCAGGCAGCACUAUGAGAGGCACCUGGAGGAGAGGAGGAGAAAGCUGGAAGAGCAGCGGGUCAAGGAGGAGAAGAGACGGGCUGCAGUGGAGGAGAAACGACGACAAAAACUGGAGGAGGAUCGGGCACGUCAUGAUGCUGUGGUACGUCGUACACUGGAGAGGAGCCACAAAACCACACAGAAACCCAACCGAUGGUCAUGGGGAGGAGCACUGCACACAAACACUCCCAACACAUCAGCCGAUGCUGACAGAAGGUCAGUGUCCACUAUGAAUUUAUCUAAACAUGCAGACCCCAUCAUUACCAAGCGCCUUUCCUCCUCCUCUGCCACACUCCUGCACUCACCAGACCGAGGUUUACAGAUGAGAACAGCCUCCUCCCCUGUCAUAGGCAAAGCUCUGUCCAAACCCCGCCUACAUCAGGGGAAGACCACGCAGCCCAAAAACACAGGGCUGCGCCGCCUUCCAUUGACGCCAUGGGAGAGCAAUGUGGUGAACCGCCUGCAGCAGCCAACACACUCCUACCUGGCGCGUAGCCGCAGUGCCAUGAGCCUGUCUGGAGAGCAAACAGCCAUGCCUGUGUGUCCUCGCUCAGUGUCCUGCCACCCCAUGGGCUCCAUGUCCUUCAAGGCUAUACAGGCCCAGCCACUCCCUCAUUGUCGCAGCCAGGAGAGGAGCCUCAGCAGGGAGACGGCUUCCUCAUCAUCUACUAUCCCACGGAGGAGGACCACAGGAGCAACACAGCCAAAAGACCGCGACAAUGUAAGGAAGUCUUGGAGCAACCUGUCACUUCCUCUAGCUCCCAUUCUGACUUUACCCCCCAGCAAACACACAGCUUCUCAAGGCAAGAAGAAAAGCAAAGUAACAGCGCCCUCUCCUGGCAGACCUCCUCAGAAGACAGCAGGGCGCCCCCCAACCCCCAAGCUGCUUAAAUCUCCAGGGACAGAAGACCCUGGAAACCUUCGACCUGUCAGGAUAACACCUGAGAGCUCAGAGCCCUCAACACCUACCAGAGCCCAAGAGGAGGAAGAGCAGGUGCUCAGCCCUCCACAGCCUCGACCUCAGCCUUUGGGUCAAAAUAAGACUCCAACUGAGCCUGUACCAACAACGCCCACAGGAGUCAGUGAGAAUGGAAGCAGUCCUCCAGCCCUCAAACUGUCAGCAGGUACCACAGAUCCAGAGGAGGCAAGUCGUAUCCUGGCUGAGAAACGACGGCUGGUUCGCGAGCAGAGGGAAAGAGAGGAGGAGGAGCGAAGGCAGCAAGAGGAGCAAGCAAGAUUAGCAAAGGAGGAGAUUGCUCGCCGGAAGGCAGAGGAAAGGGCACGGAGAGAGGAAGAGGUUCAGAGACAAGCAGAGGAAAGAAGAAGGAAGGAGGAAGAGGAGCAAAAGGCAGAGGAAGAAAGACUUCAGAAAGAGAGAGAAGAGGCAGAAAAACUCCAGAAACAGAAAGAGGAGGAAGAGGCUCGACAGAGAGAGGAGGCAGAGCGCGUGAGGCAGGAGAGAGAGAAGCACUUCCAGAAAGAGGAGGCUGAACGCCAGGAGAGAAAGAAGCGUCUUGAGGAGAUCAUGAAGAGAACAAGACGCUCAGACGCACCAGAAAAGAAAAUCAGGAAUGGAGACAAUGCAGUGACUUCUGAAUCUCCUGCUACAUCUACAGCAACGGUGUCCCCAACACACAACCGUAAUGGCAGCACUUCCCAGUCUGACCCCAACCUAAAGUCCAGCAGCACAGCACUAAGCCAUCCUGACCAGAGGGAGAAUGGGGAGUUUGAAGAGGUGAUAGUACUGCCUUCACAUUCUAGGUUAUCACCCCCUGAAGGAGAAGAGGAGCAGCAGCUGGAAGAUGAAGGGAGAGUUCCGGUUGUAGCCUUCACAGAGAACGGCCUCUUGAAGCCUCUAAGUGGAGUAGAGGACAUAUCUGUCCAGCAGGGACCAGACGUUGCCUGAUGUGUCGGGACGUGAUGAUUCCACACCUAGAGAGACAGGUGGAGAAGUCAGAGGGAGGUAGAGAAACAUGGAGCUGUUGAACUGAGUCAGACAAAGGACUCACAGCACAAGAUUUGUUCUUUGUCACUCCCUCCUGCAGAAAACAAGCAAUGCAGCCAUUUUCCAAAGAUGGUGUCUCCAAAGAUCUCCAGAAAGCCCCUCUCUGAGAGAAGCCUCCUUUCCCGCAGCAAACUCUGGGAAAGAGCUCUUCUCUCUGUGUCUGACCAUUACCUGGUCAUCAUUUUUGUUCCCUAAAUAUGAAGCAAAUGCAUGAAUUUACAGAAGGGUGUUGGACUCACAUUAGAUCUUCUGAUGUGUGAAUGAAAAACUGGGAUCACCUGGUAAGACUCCAGCCAUGUUAUUUGAAGUUUUAGUUGCUGUAGACAUACUUUGAACAGAUUUUCUGCAUCAGCUAUGUGACUAUUGCUGGAACGUGUCCAAGAGGCUCAGUUUAGUUUCAUUAAUCCAUUUGUUGUCUUUAACUGAAACCUUGUAAUUAUCAUGUUUCAACAUUUCUGUAGAAAUGUUACAGAAGAUGUGGAUGAAGGAAUAUCAACUCUUAAAGUUGUUAAGACUACUUGAAAGUGUCACAAUGUAAUAUAUUCUGCUGUGUCUACACUGUUUAAAACUAGAAGUUAUUGGGGUGAGAUGGGGGUGAUUGAGUAAAAUGGACUUUAGGUUUAAUGACUAAAAUGAAAGUACUGUUCUCUAAGACAACUAAGAAACAAUAUGUAAACUUUUGAUUUUUUUUUUUUUUUUUUUUUUUAAGUUUUUAUUUAAUUGCUGUAAAGAUAAAAUAUGAUUGUUUCCCUCAUUCUGUCUUCACUUUGUUUUUUAAAGAUAUGUCUGUUUUGGCUUCAAGCCCUUUCAUUAGUUUACCCUUUACAGUUAAAUUAUAUCAGAGCUGCAUCCUCUUUCCAGUCACCCUAACUUUGCCACUGAGAAGUGUUGUAGGACCUUGCUUGUAGCUUAUCAUGCCAGUGUUGGCAGUUGACCUUUGCUUUGGCCAAGCCAGUAUGAAAUGGAUUAAAAUGUUGAAUAAUAAUAAUCUGAUUAAUUUGAUCUUUUUGAUUAAGAAAUGCUGCUAAUUUUGAUGCUCCUUUGCCUUACUGCAUUGUAGGAGUGAAGUGACUUUCUCUACAUUGAAGUGAAGAUAUGCAUUCCAUGUUGAGCUUCAGUGGCUUCCUUUUGAUGCAAGUGAAAAUAUUAAAGACUGAUAUGCCUAAAUAAGCGCUUAUAAUGUCAGAGUAUUGGUUCUUACAGCUUUUCAUUAUGGAGACACGAGGUAUGAAGUGAAACAAAGACAAUUACACUUUUUUUUUCUCCCUUCUCUCCCACUUAACUCCCAGUUAGUAUUCUCUUUGCUUUUUUUUCUUUUCUCAGUAACUUGCACUUCAGUUUUCUUUUUCAUAUCUUGCAGAACCAGCAAAAUUGAUUAACUUAAAAUGUCUUAUGUGCGACAGGUUUCUGAGUAGUGCAGAGCAUGCCAUUGACAUGUUAAUGUCAUAUGAAUUAUGCAAAGUGGAUACUUUAAGGCCAUAAAGCUUUGGAAAAAAAAAAGACCCUUUACUUCAGAGUGAAGUGGCUGGGAUGAGUUUUUUUCUAACAUGGCAUUAAUAAAAUCUCUGUACAGCUAUGUCAGCUAUAUAAUUUGGCAAAUAAAACUUUUUGAAUUGA